GAGAGAGAGAGAGAAAUGUUGAUAUGUAUUUAAGCUUUCGUUUGUAUUGGUAGAGUCGCUGGCACGGAAAAGAGGGAAAUGGACAAAAGAUGAUCAUACUGGCCUGCACGAGACAGCCAAACGUAGCAGAGGCAUUAGGCGUUUGGUAGAAAUAGAAUCAAAAUAAAGGAAAUCUUGGUUUUCGGGUCACAAUCAAGAUCUGAAUCUCCAACUCCCACUUCCUAACUACCAUUAACGAAAACCCUUCAUUCUUCCAAUAUCUCUCUCUCUCUCUCUCUCUCUCUGGUUCUCUCCUCGAUUCUUUCUUGUUCGAAGCUACCGAUUCGAUUUCAUUUCCAGCCAUGCCUUCUUCUCCUAAAUUCUUUCACUCUCGCCUAUCUUCCCCGUCCUUUGCUUCCCGCAGAUUACUCUUCCUCAUGCUCGUUUGCCUCUUCAUUGGCAUCUCCGGUUUCAUAUUUGGAGUCACUGGCCCUUCUGGUUACCGUUGCUCGCAGUCCAUAACUGAUCCCCGAACGGUUCGCGUCAUCUGGGACACAAAGUCGAAUGCUAAUACCAGGAACGAUGGCUCCGUUUUGAAUUCUCAGAACAAGAGACACAAGGUUAUGGGGUUUGUCGGAAUUCAAACUGGGUUCGCCUCCGAUGGUAGAAGACACUCCUUGAGGAAGACCUGGAUGCCGUCCGAUCGCCAGGGCCUUCAACGGUUGGAGGAAUCUACUGGUUUGGCGUUCAGGUUUGUUAUUGGUAGAACUAGCGACAAAUCAAAGAUGGCAAAACUUAAGAAGGAAGUUGCAGAAUAUGAUGAUUUCUUGCUUUUGGAUAUUGAGGAACAGUAUACUUUCUUUAAAGCUGCCUAUGCACUUUAUGAUUCUGAGUUUUACGUUAAAGCAGAUGAUGACAUAUAUUUGAGGCCAGAUCGUCUCUCCUUACUCUUGGCAAAAGAGCGUGCUCAUUCUCAAACUUACCUCGGAUGCAUGAAGAAAGGGCCUGUUUUCACUGAUCCAAAGCUCAAAUGGUAUGAACCACUCUCCACUUUGCUUGGGAAGGAGUACUUUCUCCAUGCUUAUGGUCCAAUAUAUGCUCUUUCAGCUGAUGUUGUUGCAAGUUUGGUUGCUCUUAGAAAUGACAGCUUUCGGAUGUUCAGCAAUGAGGAUGUUACAAUUGGUGCGUGGAUGCUUGCUAUGAAUGUUAAUCAUGAGGAUAAUCGAGCACUAUGUGAACCAGACUGUACACCAUCAUCUGUUGCUGUGUGGGAUAUUCCUAAGUGUUCAGGACUCUGUAAUCCAGAAGCCAAAUUACUAGAGCUCCAUCAGAAGGAUAGCUGCUCAAAUAGCCCAACUAUGGAAUCCGAUGAUUAGUGUUUUUUCUUUUAUCAUUUUUCUUCCAAAUGUGAUGGAUAGAAGAAACUCUUGGAAGAAUUCUCCUUGGUGUUGGUUGGUGCUGGUAUCAGAUACAGACCAUCAUCUCCUCUGGUCCAUUCUGUUUUUCUUCUCAAUUGCGUUACUUAUUCUUUCUUGUAAUCAUUUUUCCAACGAUGUAGGUUAGGAACCAGAAUUUUCCAACCCCUUAAUUUUUUUAGUUAGGUUUUUAGAAUUUAGAAGAGAAUUGAUGAGAGUGAUUAUACAUGUGAACUUUCAACUCUUAUCAAAUAUACACUGCAUACAAUUUUGGCUUCCAGUGUUGUGGAAUGCAUUUUAAAAAUGACCGUAAAGAUUAUGGAUCUCUUUGUAUGUGGCAAGCCAAA